CUUAAAGUCCAAAAGCCAACUGGCUGCUGACUGCCAUCCUCUUGCCAACACAUUUAAGCCGCCAAGUGACCCAAAUCAGUGCCUGCCUUCUGGCUGGGAAUCCUUUCGGAUAAGGAAGACGCAGGGCCGGGAUGGAGACAGCCGCGGCUAAAACCAGUUGGUUAGAAUCCUGCCACGCCCUCCUUAACCCUUUCCCCCGCCCCCUUUUGGCCCGGUUUCGAGUGGCUUAGCGCUUAGUUGGCUUAAUUACGAACGCGUCCUGGAACGGGCCGCUGCACCGAUAAGUAUCGAUUUAAAUCGGCAAAGCGAGAGCCUUGCCAAGGAUAUCCAUACUAAAUAAGCUGCAUUAUGCAGGCAAUACACUGGCAAAAAAUAUAUAUUUUUUAGAUAUUUUUAAAGUAAUUUUUUAAGAGACUUCCUAAGGCUUAAAUAAGUAUAUAGUUUAUGUUUGUUUUUAUUGAAAUCCAAGCCAAGAUAAGGUAUCUUUUGUCCGGUGUAUACUUAUCCUUAUGCAACAUAAUUAUGGAGUCCUGCGACCAGGACACUCGGCAUGCCCUGGGCUAGAGCAGAAGGACCUGCCAGACUUGUAUGCAUUUGAAAUUUAAAUCCUUCGGAAAUUAUAUAAAAAAUGCACUCAAAGGCAACAUUUCUGGCAAGUGGUCCUUUUCAACCUCUGGGCAACUUGUUUACGCAAUAUCCUUCGUCCUUCGCAGCAAGAACAACAAACAAAGAGAAAGUCUUUCACCUUUCAACCAAAAAAGAAGAAAAUAAUAAUUUCUAAUGUCAAUAUUAUUGGUAGAACAUGGAGAGAAGACUUGAAAAGGGAUAUUAAAUCGAAAUUGAAAGAAAGGACAUGCCGGGAAUAGAGUAUCCUGUACAUUAUGGUUUUUAAAUCAAUCCCCCAUUGGCAAUAAAAAGCUUAUGCCACUUACAGACCAUUGAUAGAAUUCUCUCUCGAAUCAUCUCGGAUAUCUGUGGGAAUAAUCCCCAACCGAUAUACGUGGGAGGUUCGCUUCAAAAAGGCCAAUAAUGCGAAAAAACAGAGAUAUAUUUCCAUAAACAAUGGGGAAUCGUGUAUGGCGAUGUCUCUAUUUCUGUUGCCAUUGUUCGAUAAGCUUUCAAUUAAAUCGUGACCCCGCCGGAGGACUGAGAAAGGAUAACAAGGAGGGAGGUGCAUCAGGAGCAGGAAACAGGAAAUCAGUAUCACCAGUAUCAGUUUCAAUUUCCCAGCAACCUCACAAGUGUUAGGCUAAUAUUGUGUGGUUUAUAAAUAGAGAUUCCCUAGAGAGACCUUUUGAAGGGGCUUAGAUAGUCCUUUGAUAGUCGUCCUUUUCUUUUUUCAAAGGCUAUUAGUUAGUAAGGGGGUUAGAUUAAAUUAAAAAUAGUUCAUAAAGUAUAUAUAUAUUUUUAAAACAAUUCUAACAAUUUUAUUCUAAAAAAAAUAUAGUAAAAAAUUCUCUCCCACUCUUAUAUUAUAUUUCCCUUUGACUCUUAUACUAUUUUAGAAUGCAGACAUUGGCAAUAUGACGCUACUGUCGAGCAUCCUCGAUUCCGGCGGAAGUGUAUCCGUUCAGCGUCUCACCCGCUUGCUGCGUCAGUCCAGCACAUCCUCAUCCGCCUCCGGCCCAUCCCUGGCCUCAGACUCCAUCAGCUCCAUGGUGGAGGCGACAUCCUUGCGAGUGCCCAGUCUGGGCCACGAUCUGUCCACCACAACAGAGACGAAUGUCAUCAUCGAUCGGGUGACCAAUGUGGCCAAAAUGGCGCUGGAGGCCACGGUGAUGGAUGUCCUGCCCGAUCCCGAGCCGGACCAGGUCCUUACCGGUGUGAAUGCCAGUUCCCACUGGAAUAUGAAUAUGACCCUGUCCUCGGCAUCGGCCACCAACUAUGAGAACUGUUCCGCAUUAUUUGCAAACUACACCCUGCCACAGACAGGUCUCUAUUGCAAUUGGACCUGGGACACUCUACUCUGCUGGCCACCCACUCCGGCCGGUGUCCUCGCCCGGAUGAACUGUCCUGGCGGCUAUCAUGGCGUUGAUACCCGAAAGUUUGCAAAUCGAAAAUGCGAACUGGAUGGCCGAUGGGGCAGCCGGCCAAAUGCCACCGAACCGAGUCCGGCGGGAUGGACCGAUUACGGGCCGUGCUACAAGCCGGAGGUGAUUCGUCUCAUGCAGUCCAUGGGCAGCAAGGACAUCGAUAUCUAUAUAGAUAUUGCCAGAAGAACUCGUACCCUGGAGAUUGUGGGUCUGUGGGUCUCACUCUUCGCUCUGGUCAUCUCGCUCCUAAUCUUCUGCACCUUUCGAUCCCUGAGGAACAACAGGACCAAGAUCCACAAGAACCUCUUUGUGGCCAUGGUGCUCCAGGUGAUCGUACGGCUGACUCUCUAUCUGGAUCAGUAUCGGAGGGGCAACAAGGAGGCGGCCACCAAUACGAGUCUAUCGGCUAUAGAGAAUACGCCCUAUCUGUGUGAGGCCUCGUAUGUCCUUUUGGAGUACGCCAGGACCGCCAUGUUCAUGUGGAUGUUUAUCGAAGGACUCUAUCUCCACAAUAUGGUCACGGUAGCCGUUUUCCAGGGCAGCUUCCCCCUCAAGUUCUUCUCCCGCCUGGGCUGGUGUGUCCCCAUCCUGAUGACCUUUGUGUGGGCCAGGUGCACCGUCAUGUACAUGGACACCUCGAUGGGCGAGUGUCUGUGGAACUAUAAUCUCACGCCCUAUUACUGGAUCCUCGAAGGACCAAGACUAGCCGUCAUUUUGCUGAAUUUUUGUUUCCUGGUUAAUAUCAUUCGAGUCCUGGUCGUCAAAUUGAGGCAAUCGCAGGCCAGUGACAUUGAGCAGACCAGAAAGGCGGUUCGGGCCGCCAUUGUCCUUCUGCCUCUGCUGGGAAUCACCAAUCUUCUCCACCAACUGGCUCCCCUCAAAACGGCCACCAACUUUGCAGUCUGGUCCUAUGGAACUCACUUUCUCACCUCCUUCCAAGGAUUCUUCAUAGCGCUCAUCUAUUGUUUUCUCAACGGAGAGGUCCGUGCUGUUUUGCUGAAGAGUCUGGCCACUCAGAUGUCCGUACGUGGCCAUCCGGAAUGGGUUCCCAAGCGAGCCUCCAUGUAUUCCGGUGCCUACAACACAGCCCCGGAUACGGAUGCGGUUAUCCAACAGCCUGGCGAGAAUCCUGCAACUGGAAAAAGAAUAUCCCCUCCAAACAAAAGGCUAAAUGGUAGAAAGGCCAGUGGUGCCAGUAUAGUGAUGAUCCAUGAACCCCAACAACGUAAUCGACUCUUGCCACGCCUCCACAGUCAGCGGAAGGGCCGAGACAAGGCCAAGGAUAGGGAUAUGGAAAAUGACAAGGAUCGUAAGAGAUCGGAUGAUAGGCAGCUGGAGGAGACGGAAGCUGAUCCGGGAACGAUACGGAUACACAGCAAGGAUACGGAGAGAGCUAGCCGGAAUCGUGGCUCCAAGUGGAUGAUGGACAUCAUCUGCUUCCGGGGUCAAAAGGUACUUAGAGUACCGUCAGCGUCAUCCGUGCCACCCGAGUCAGUUGUAUUUGAGUUGUCAGAGCAGUAGCCCAAAAAAAAAACCAAAAAACCAAAAAAAAACUAGACGUAGACGUAGCUGUAGCCGUAGAAGUAGCUAUCGCCAAAAAAAAGCCACCAAAACUCCACAGUAGCCAGCACUAGAAACCACCAUAGCCUCCAAUCCCUCCUCUUCAAAAAAAAAGGUCCUUAAACCCCCCAACAUUCUCUCCCCCUCUGUAUAAAGCUUUUGUGUACAUAUAUCCCCAAAAAAAAAAAUAAAAGAUCAUCUAGGACAGAUCUGAUUAUAUCCGGCUUAGUUUCCCCGCCAAAAAAAAAAAGAAAAUUAUUUGAAAAACCCCCAAAAUUAAUUACUUUUAUUAUCUGCUGACAAUUAAAUCUUUACUUAGCGCAUCACUCUGUUCUGGACACACAAAUACUUUCAGAAAAAUCAAAAAAAAAAAAAACAAACAUAAAAUAAUAAUAUUAAAACAAUAAUUUGAAAACACUAGCACACGGUUUACAAACUUGAUAAAAUUUUCCAGCAAAACUUGAGCGGCAUGUUCUUCUUCUACUUUUAAACUUAGUACAUUACUUUGUAGUGUGACCAAAUCACACUGGAUUAUCCAGCCAGUGUGUCCCUUUUCGUUUUGUAAGCUCACCUGUUUUGCUGACUUAUUUAUUUAGUUUUUAAUCAUUAAACUUAUUAUUUAACUUAUGUUUUUAGUUUAUAUUUUAUUAAGAAGGCUUUAAAAAGUACAUCUAAUGUACACAUUUAUUUUUGUAUUAUAAUUAAAAGAAAGAAAUGAACAUUGAAACUGUGUUAAUUA